AUGGAGAUCACAGAGCCACCCCCUGUGCCAGCCGAUUUUCCCCAGGAGCACGUCGAACAACAUGUGGACCCUAUCAGUGAAGAGCCGUUCACCGAUGGCGAGGACGGCAAGGAGCCAAAGGAUGCCUUGGAUUUGACGUCUAAGUUCGAGGAAGCUAUGGACUUGGAUGAUGAGCAG